AGGCAAACUAGGCCGGCCCAUUAAUUCCUCCUACGAAUCGAUCUGGGCUGUGACCCUAGUACCCGACGUGUAUAUAACAACAUCCUCUCCAUCGCUUAGGGUUUCUCCUCGGACGCAGCCGGCGGCUUAGGGUUUUGUAGCUGUCGCCGAUCCAAGGUCCGAGGAGCGAGGAGGAGAUCCGCCAUGGCGCCGCCGCAGCCCAAGUCGGGGCUCUUCGUCGGCAUCAACAAGGGCCACGUCGUCACCAAGCGCGAGCUGCCACCUCGCCCGUCCGACCGCAAGGGGAAAAGUACCAAGAGAGUGAAUUUUGUCAGGGGCUUGAUUAGGGAGGUUGUGGGAUUUGCUCCAUAUGAGAAACGAAUCACUGAGCUUCUGAAGGUUGGAAAGGACAAGCGUGCACUGAAGGUCGCUAAGAGAAAGCUCGGUACCCACAAGAGAGCAAAGAAGAAGAGAGAGGAGAUGGCGGGUGUCAUCAGGAAGAUGAGGUCUGCUGGUACUACUGACAAGAAGAAAUAGAAGUUUCAAGUUGAAGAUCUUUUUGCAAUCCUUAUUGUAAUUCAUUUAUAUGGACCUAUAGUAAGCUCUAGAUCGAGGUGCUGUAUUGCCGUUGAGAACAUUGCAAUGCUAUUGAGGAGCAUUGAAAUUUUGGCACAUGUUUCGAUACAUCGGUUUUGUCACAAUUUCUCAGGGUUCUAUUGCCCUUGAUUCUGUGGAGUUUUGUCCUUGAAA